AUGAGAUGUCUUUGGACGGCUUUUGAUAAAUACGUUCUCACAGAAAAUGCAGAGACACGGCGUACGAAUUCAAAGAAAAGUAACGGAGAAGUUCCUGUAAAUGACGCGGGAUAUUUGUCCUACUUGUCAUUAGGAUGGCUUACCCCAAUGAUCCUGCAGCUGUUUAAGGACAGGAACAAGGAGAUCAGAGAAGAUGAUGUGUGGUCGUGUUCAGAAUUGGAGUCGUGUGCCGUCAACACAGAAAGAUUGGAACCAAUGUGGAUCAACGAGCUACAGACGUAUGGCCAGAAAAAAUGUUCAGUUUUUAGAUUGUGGCUGAAAUUCAUUUGGGUUCGGCUCCUUAUUGCCUGCAUAGCUGUCUGCUUUCAUGCCGUUAUAGCAUUGCUAGUUACGGGUUAUUUGACUGAUGUAAUUGCAGCCUAUUUAGAACAACCAGAAACAUCCAUACCUUAUGCUGUUGGUUUGGUGAUAAUUUGCCUUGUUGGACAACUUCUAAGGUGUUGUAUAUUUACAACUCUUCUGUUUUAUGGAUCACAAACGGGCUCAAGGUUUCGUUCAGGAGUCCUAGGGAUGGUGUACAGAAAACUGAUGAAGUUAAAAAACCUGAAUGGGAAGGUUACUUCUGAGGUUGUAACUAUAUUUGGAUCAGAUUCUUUGCGGGUGUAUAUGAACUGUCAGUUAUUUGUGUAUGUCCUCGCAAUGCCUGUUUUCCUUGUGGUUGGAACUGUGUAUAUCUACUACCUCAUAGGACUAUGGUGCUUUAUAACAUUUGCAACAUUUAUUGUAUUCUUCAUUAUUCAGAUACGGAAGAUGAAUGAAGUUCUUUCCAGCAUGAAGUUGAUAAAAAUGUAUGCAUGGGAGGAAUCGUUUAAACAAUCUAUAUUGGGUCUUAGGGACACGGAAAUUAAACCAUUGUUGCAUUCGACAAUAUUGAAUUUGAUUUGCAAUGCCAUCAUACCAGUAACUCCUUCACUUGCUGCGGUAGCCACAAUAUCUAUGUAUGUUAAUGCAGGGAAUGAACUAACAGCCUCAACAGCUUUCUCUGUUGUUGCCACUCUCAACUUUAUGCGAAUCAUAGUCUCCUUCGUUCCGUACGCCGCUCGUAUAUUUGGAGAAACCAGGAUCAGCUUUGAAAGAAUAAAGCGCUUUAUGUUAGAGGAAGAAUUCACGCCGCCAAGUCGCAAUGUUACUGUAUCGAAGAAUGCCAUUGAAAUACGAAAUGCAGUAUUCAUGUGGGAAUUCGGUACUAAUAAUAACCUUAGUGAAAAACAAAAACAGAAGAAUAAAGAAGAAUUGAACCAUCGUUCGUCGAUAGCAUCAUUGGCACUACAGAGCAUCAAUAUUGCUGUCAGAAAGGAAAGAAAAGGGCUACAUAUCGGAAUUUGUGGUACUGUUGGUUGUGGUAAAUCCUCCUUGUUGCAAGCGCUGAUUGGGAGGAUGCCCUUGAUUACUGGCCAUCUUGCUGUUGAUGGUACAGUUGCAUAUGCGGCACAGCAGGCCUGGAUAUUUAACGGAACACUGAGGGAGAAUAUCCUCUUUGGAAGACCUUUUGAAAAAGAUUGGUACACUACGGUUUUGCACGCCUGCAGUUUGGAUCCAGAUAUCCGCAUACUUGCCAAUGGGGACAUGACUGAGAUUGGAGAUAACGGAAUAAAUCUCAGUGGUGGUCAGAAGCAACGAGUGAGUCUAGCUCGUGCUGUCUACAGUAAAAGCGACAUCUAUCUCCUUGACGACCCGCUUUCCGCCGUUGACGUUCAUGUCGGAAGACACUUGUUUCAUAAAUGUAUUGAUACUCUUUUGAAGGAUAAAACAGUUGUAUUGGUGACUCAUCAACUCCAGUAUCUAAAACACUGUGAUGAAAUUUACGUUAUGGAUGAUGGUGAGAUAGCUGAACAUGGAUCACAUGAGUCUCUAUUGACCCUUGAGGGACAGUAUACCAAACUAAUGGAACAAUAUACUUCCAAAACGGACUGUAUCGACACAAAGGCUGAUCAAUCUUUAGAAAAAGAUGAAAUUAUAGAAACAAAAGAUACCACAACAAAUCAGAUACAUAGUCAUUCACCAGAUGCUGUCAAUAAAAAUGAUAAUUACGAAAAAGGGAUUCUGACCGAUAGAGAGACAUCAAUGGCUGGCGACAUUAGUCUUAAGACAUACAUGAGCUAUAUCAAUGCUGCUGGAGGCAAAAUAGUGACAGCAUUGGUGUUACUGUUGUAUUUCUUGUCUAUUUCAUCAAUUACCUUCAGUGAAUGGUGGCUUGGAAUUUGGAUCGAACAGACAACUUCAGUAGUGUUGACUACGUCUCCUGUCAAAACCAAUGCAAAAGAUACUAAUUUCUCAGGAGGUGAGAAUUUCACGUUGUCAUCAGCACAAAUACACGUAGGCUCUUCCAUGGACCCGGAGACUGAAGACAACUUAGCGAAAAGGGACUGGUAUUUGGAUAUCUAUAUAUAUACAACUUUAGCAAUAGUUGUACUAGCGUUGUUGAAAGGUCUGAUUUUAGGUUUGGUGAUGAUAAGAGCUUCUGCCAAAUUACACAGCAAUGCUCUUGGCAGAGUUAUGAGUGCCCCAAUGAAGUACUUUGACGCCAACCCAACGGGUAGAAUCCUUAACCGAUUCUCACGAGACGUGGAAGAUGCGGAUAUAUUCAUCCCAAAUUUGAUAGAUAACCUUAUUCAAGUCAUGAUCCUUAUAAUUGUCUCCAUUGCCACAACAGCCUACAAUUUCCCUUGGUUUCUCAUCGCGAUUGUUCCGAUUGGAUUAUACGUCUACGUAGUCAAAAUAUUAUCAUCCGUAUCAAUCCGAAAUUUCAAACGGCUUGAAAACGUCUUACGGUCACCACUUAUAAAUCAUGUGACCACGUCAUGCAAUGGACUCGCCACCAUCAUCGCUUAUUCACAGGAAGACGAUUUCAUGAACGGAUGUUGCAAACACUCGGACUCGACUUCCAUGGGAUUGUUGUUGUUCGAAGCAAGUAUGAGAUGGAUGGGUCUAAGAAUGGACAUUGGGGGAGGUGUUAUUGCCACCAUCACAGCUAUCAUCGUGUUGUUCACUAAGGGAUCUAUAUCCCCUGCUUUGGCAGCUUUGUCCCUCUCUAUGUCUUUCAAGGUGGCUUCGAUCCUCCAGUUCUUCGCCCGUAUGCUGAAUGAAGUUGAAGCUAGAUUUACAGCUAUUGAGCGUCUACAUGAAUAUGAGGACCUUACAGUAGAAAAGGAAACUGGAAAAAUGCAGAUUGACAAAGAAUGGCCAAGUCAGGGAAGGAUACUCUUUUCAAACGUGAUGAUGAAAUAUCGCAAGGACCUGGACCCUGUACUUCAUAACAUCAGUUUCGAUAUCCUCUCCAAAGAAAAGGUCGGCAUUGUCGGUCGCACUGGCGCAGGAAAAUCAUCUCUAGCUGCUGCGUUGUUCAGGCUAAAUGAACUAUCGGAAGGUGAAAUAAUCAUUGAUGACGUGGAAAUCGGAACAAUAUCUAGGAAACGUCUUCGAUUAAGUUUGUCAUCAAUCCCACAGGAUCCUGUCCUUUUUGCCGGUACAUUAAGGUAUAAUCUAGAUCCCUUCAAUAAAUAUAUGGACGAUAAGAUAUGGGCAGCACUGGAACAAGUCCAUAUGAAGGACAAGUUGAUACUUCUUGACCAGAAUCUUGACUUGCGCAUAGAAGAAAAUGGUGAAAAUUUCUCCGUGGGCGAGCGACAACUUAUAUGUCUGGCACGCGCAAUUUUACGUCAAAACAAGAUUCUGGUGCUGGACGAAGCCACAGCCUCCAUAGACACAACAACGGAUGCCAUGAUCCAACAGACAAUUCGGGAAAGCUUUGCCGAUUGUACUGUCCUUACGAUUGCUCACAGACUCAAGACCGUACUACAUUGUGAUGUCAUUAUUGUCAUGGAGGCUGGGAAGGUGAUAGAAAUUGGUAACCCACAGGCCUUGCUGCAAAACUCUUCUUCACAUUUCAGUAAUAUGUUUCAGGCUCAAACCUUCCAAUCACACAAUGUUUGA